CUUAAGCCUUGAGAAUCUCCGUCGCCCAUAUCUCUUGACUUCACUGCCCGUCGUGCCAGCCCCCUGCUUGCUCGUCCCUAUCUCUCUGACCUCUUUCUUGCAACUCUCACUCCCACACUCUCCUCUUUCUCUCUCUCUCUUCCCCCUCUUCCCCUCUCUACCUCCCCUUGUCACCACUUUCUUAAACUCCACCCCGCCCUCGACCAUGUACCCGCUCGAGCAGGACAGGCCUCACGGUACCUUCGACCAGGUCCGCCCCUACGCUCCUCCCGCUCCAUACCCCGGCGCUGGCGCUCCGCCUCCGCCUCCUCCACCUGCCGCCCGCGCCCAGCUCCCUCCCGCCGCCGCUCGCCCUCUGCCUCCCGUGUCCACCGUCUGGAAUGGCCGCAUCUAUAGUCUCGAGGUCGUCCAGCAGCCCAUUCGCGCUCGCAUGUGCGGCUUCGGCGACAAGGAUCGCCGCCCCAUCACCCCUCCGCCGUGCGUCCGUCUGAGAGUCCUGGAUGCAAACACCCACAAGGAGAUCGAUGUCACUGAAAUCGACACGUCCUUCUUUGUCCUCUCCGUAGACCUCUGGAAUGCAGACGGAAACCGCGAGGUCAACCUCGUCAGGCACUCCGCGACCUCUCCCUCCAUCUCCACCGCCAGCCCUUCCUCCUUCCCGCCUCCCGCCCAGAUCCCUCAAUACCCCCCUUACGGCCACCCUUCCUCCAUGUAUGGCCAGCCCGCCGCAUACCCCCAGUACUACGCCGGCCAACCCGCGUACGGCGAACCCAGCAUGCCCUACGCGCCCAACCCGGGCCAGAUGUACUAUCCCGUCGCCCCGGGCUACUACCAGAGCUCUCAGGGCAUGACGCCUCAGUCCGUCCUGCCGCCCCAGCUCGCCCCUACCCAGCCAACCGGCAUGUUCACGCGUAACCUCAUCGGCAGCCUCAGUGCGAGCGCCUUCAAGUUGACAGACCCCGAGAACAAGCUUGGAAUCUGGUUCAUCCUGCAGGACCUAAGCGUCCGCACUGAAGGAGCUUUCAGACUGAAGAUGAACUUCGUGAAUGUGGGCACGGAUCCCGCCGAUCCUUCCAGCGAGUCUUCGGGCCCCAUUUUAAACCAUGGCUCCGCCCCCGUGCUAGCAAGCGUCUUCUCAGAUGUAUUCCAUGUCUUCUCCGCGAAGAAGUUCCCCGGCGUCAUCGAGAGCACUCCACUCAGCAAGUGCUUCGCCAUCCAGGGAAUCAAAAUCCCCAUCCGCAAGGACGGCGUCAAGGGUAGAGGCGCCGCCGCGAUAGCGGCUCUUGCAAAGGAUCGCGACGGCGAAGGAGAAGAGUGGGAUGAGUAGAGAAUGGCGAUGAAGCAAUAAAUCUUGCAUGGAAUGGCGUUGGGGACCGGUGGGCUGAAAAGGUUUCGGUUUUCUUUGUUUCAACCGUCUGUCGAAUGGGUGAUCUGUCAAUUUACGCGCCUGCGGUCUUCUUCUUUUUCUUCUUUUUCUUCUUUUUCUUCUUCUUCUUCUUCUUCUUCUUCUUCUUCUUCUUCUUCUUCUUCUUCUCCUUCUUCUCCUUCUUUCUCUCCUCCUCCUCCUCCUUUUUUGUAAUACUUCUUUUUAAUAUGCUUGCUCUUUUCUUCUGGAAUGCUCGUUUAUAUUGAUACACCCACUGUAUUAUUAGCUACAGCCGCUUUUCCAGGGGUUUCAGGUCCCGUCAUCGAGGACGCAUUGAUAAUGUUAUCUUUUGCUUCCUUUU